UGCAAUUAUAUUUUUAACAGAAGCCUAGGAAGAUUGUUGUACAAUUUUUUUCAUAAAGUUUGAGCAGUUUAAAGAUCGACAAUUUUUCUAAAAAUUGAGUUAAUUCUGCUGUUAAAUGUGUGUGUGCGUGCGCGCGCGUGCACACACACACACACACACACACACACACCUAUUUAUUUGCUUGUUAAAUUAUUUGGAUAUAUGCACAAAUGACUAUUAGAAUAAAUUUUUAUAUGUUACAGGAUGUAUGUUAUAUCUUGACUAUGAAAGGAAGAUACAGUGAAGUCGAAUUAUUAUUAUCAUAUAAUUUAUUAAAGAGAUUAUGUCCAGUGUUAUUGUUUAAAGCAUUAAAUGAUUGUCCACAGGAAAUAAUUAAUACUCGCGAAAGCUAUGACAAUGGUAUUGUUAUUUGUGAAUCUAUUAAUUUCUUCUUGGAGAAGUGUUACCCUGAUCUAUACGACGAUGAUUUAAACAAAUUAUAUACGCUCUUAAAAAGUCAUAUUAGAAUUGUGAUAUAUAUUAUACAGUGGAAAAAAAGACAUUUUAUAGAUACAAAAUUAGAUGCCAAAGAAUCGAAAAAUUUGCAAUGUGACGUGAUUGAACAGAUAGUAUCUGUAAAGCAAAUUUUGUCUCUUUUGCAAAAGCACAAUAUACUUUUCGUCUUAAAACUCACAACAAAUAUACAUGACCAAGAUCACAGUGAUAUUCAAAAUUUACUGAAGGAGACAUCACUGAAUCAAUCUGCAAGUUAUCAAGCAUAUUGUUGUAUAAUAAGCGCUUUAAAAGCUAUUUUCUUAUGUGAAUUUUAUAACGUGGAAUGUAAACAAAUUACUAAAUACUUCACUGACAUGGUUUCAUACUUAUCCUGUUUGUUUCCUCUGUCAUCAAGGAUAGAAACAAUGGGGAAUAUAUUUUCCUUACUAUUUUUGCGUUAUGAAGAUUUCAACGUUACAAAUUCUAGCUCCAAAGAUGAUGAUUGCAAUAUUCGUAAAUCGAUAGAAUACGAGAAGUCAGGCUUCAUAGCUAACAAAUAUGUUGUGAGAGACAUGGUAUAUUACUUAUGGAGAAAUACUUUAAUUACAACAGAAGAAAUCGAUAAAUUACAAGUAUUCGGAUCACACGAAGAAGUGCAACAAUUACGCGAAAAUAUAUCCUCCCUUACAUCAAUACUGAUGGACACUCGUUGGAGAUUGAAAUUUUACAUGGGACCAUAUUUUAUCGGAAAUGUUGGGACUCCACAAGAUGAGUCUGAUAAUCCCUCGGGUGUAAAUAAAUCAGAAUCUGUAAUUUCUCAAAAACCAAGCUUCUCACAUCGCAUCAAGGGAGACACAUUUUUUUAUAAAGGAGACAGCACCUCCGAUGAAACCAAAGUUAAAUCUGACAGUAGUUCAGAGUCUGGCUUGUUGGGCGGCAAUAAACGCAGAAAACGUUCGAAGAUCGUUACAGAAGCGACAGAUUAUUUGACAACGAAAGACAAACUGUCCUUGAUAAAUUUAAUGCUGGCCUCGAAAGAAAGUUUGAUUUUGCACUGUUUAUGGAAAGGCGAUUUUCAGAAAGCGAAAGAAGUAGUUGAGAUGUUCAACAUGGAAAAUACACAAUUAGAUGGCGAGAUUCGAUUUUCAGAAGCACUUCACACAUUUAAACAAAAUCUAUGUGAACACAUUCCUAUAGAUACAAUAGAUUCCUCUAAAGAAAGCUCAAAAACUUCUAUGCUAGAGAUGUGUUACAAUAUUUUGCAGAAUAUAAAAUUUGCUGCACAGGAAGGUAUACAAUCCUCUAGAUAUAUCAACCAACUUGAAACGUUUCUAGCAUCUCAACAAGUACAUUUACGAAUGUUAGAUACAAAUAUUCUACGUAGCAACGAAAUGUUAACUCUUAGUAUGUUGGAUCUAAGUUUGACUGUGGGCAAAACAUAUCAGAUCUCGAGUAAUCUAUGUGAUGUAGCGAUGAAGUAUUUAAAACUCUGCGAAACGUUUGACAGCACAGGGCAUGCGAAUUUCUUUUCAAGGAUCUAUCAACUGUUUUACGAAAACAGAAAUAAUACAUCUAUGACCACUAUACUGUGUGACGCUGGAAUUCCAUUAUACGUAGAGGAAUGGAGAGAAAACGAUGCCAUUUGGAGUGACUUUGAGAAUAAUUAUCGCAGAUUAUACAAUCUCGAGAGAGCGGAGAUUGUAGAAGCGCAAUCUUGCAGCAAUAAUUACAUUCUAGGAUUAAAAAUGAUAGAAAAAAUGUCUGAUAUUUUUAACAGCGAGAAAUAUCUUUACAGUAUCUACUCUUAUCUGCGGCUUGUAGCUACAAUUAUCCCAGACGACACUAAUGUACAGACAGUGUUUGAUUUAUUAAAGACACCAUUACAUCAUUAUUUUGGAUAUCAGAUAUUCGAUUUGAGCACGGAGCCAGAUAAGCUCGAAAAAGUCGCUUCUAGUUUACAAGUGAACUUAAUAUACAGUAUCCUUGUAAACGCUUGUCCGAAUAUUUCUUGUUAUGAUAAAAUAAACUGCAUUGGUAUUAAGGAUUCCGAAUGCAUUAUACUGAAUCAAUAUCAAGAUUUGGGUUUAAAAAAUAUCACAAUAAAAGGGCCAAAUCAAUGUGUCUCGGAAAUAUUAGUGGAACUUCUACAGGUUCUACGCAAUAUAAGUUCAGGACGAUCUCAUUUGAAUAAUUCGUAUUUGAGAAGCAUUUCUGAUCACGCAGAUAUACGAAUGAUUCUAAAUAAGACGUCGAAUCUUGCCAAUCUCGACCUCGGCGAAUUAUCUGUAGGAGACGAAACGUUGACGUUCUUCUUGAACGUUUGGAACGUCAUGUUCCUACAUGCAAGUUUAGAUGUAUGGUCCAGAGAUCCGCCUCUCGAAAGUUUGAGGCAUGCGAUCUCCUUGACGUCGAUUGGUUACAUGAUUGGUGAUCUAGGCCUUGUGACACUCGCUGCUCUCCGCUCGAAAUUACUGGGUAAUCUCGCGAAUGAUCUUAAAUUCUUUACGCGAGUAGAGGAGCUCAACGAAUUGGCAUGGCAGGACUUAGAUCUCGUACAGAAUCCAAGGAUUAUCUUCGCCAUGGCUAAUGAAUUUUAUGGCACGCCUGAAAUUCGUGUGUAUGAGGCGCAGACGUUAAACGACACAUUAAAUGAAGUGGCUCGCGAUUAUAUCGCAUAUUACUCAUCGGUGUCAUCUGAUGACGAAUCUACAGAUGGACCAAAGCGAAAAAUUAGAUUGCCCGAUUUUGUACGACAAUAUCAAAAUACGUUUUCACGAAAUACUGAUGUUGGUGUAACAAAUACUAACAGAAGUUUGUUUCCAAUAUCUGGUUUUGAAAAACUAUUAGAUGGAGAUGUGGAAUACAUGACAUCCAAUUAUACAUACGAAGUGAUACUAAAAUAUUCCAAACAUAAUAUAUCUAGCGUCACAACCACAAAUCUCAUACAGACAUCAUUUUGGCAGACUCGGGCAUUAAGACCCAGUUUAUUGCAAUAUCUGGAAAGACAUUGUUGGCUUAUUUCUUAUCUCAUACAGAAGAUGCAUAAUGAAAAUCCGACUAUUUUGGAGAACAAUUACGAUAAUACAAAGUGUAUCGCGUGUCUCGAGAAUCUCUUGAAUUCUCCGUGGGUGGACAAAUUGAAACCCUUAAUUAACAACAAUCAAACUCUCGUCGCUAUUCACGAUAUCAUACCUGUGCACAAAUUAUGGCGUUAUUUCGAACUUAAGAAAGAUUAUAAUUGGCAGAAUUGUUUGGAUAUAUUAAACGCUUUGGCAGACAGUAUCAUGAAAUACAAUACGGAGCUGCAGCGCUUCAAGGAUUUGAUUCUAAGCCACAUGCUCUCCAAUCUGGGUGCUCUAUCUAUCGCAAGUAUGCUGCAGUAUCUGUACCAAAUCAAAGAUGUAUAUAUACUGGCGCAAACGAUACUGCACAAUAUUAACAGAUGGCCUAUGAUUUUAUGCGAGCACGCGUUAAGUCAUGCAUUGCAGCACGAGCACAGACACAAAUUGCCAGCGCACUGCAAACAUCGGAUGAGUAAUAUCUUAUGCAGAAUAACAAUCUUCCAUAAAAUGAUUCCGUACUGCAUGAGUAGGUCAAACAGCACGUGGUACGACAUCAUAUAUUGUACGGAAAAGAUCGAUCCGUUUGAGAUCAUUAAAGCUCUGAUCGAUGCAGAUCAAUUCGAGUUGUGUUUGGAUUGGCUGGAGUGUCAAGCGUUUUCUCUGGAAAUGCAAACCCCUGUAAUUCAGGACUUUCUGACGGGUCUAUUAAAAAAUGAGCAGCAAGGUUUCAAGCAAGCUUUGAAGUUUCUUCAAGCAUUACCGUUGAGUCAAUCGGUGAAGAUAUGUAAAGGGGUGCUCAAAAAGUUAGAAUCUACUAGCGCAUUACGGUUUGUCGCUGACUAUUUAUUGUACCACUGCAAAAUUGCAGAGCGACCGAAGUAUCGGAAAACUAUAAUAGGACUAGAAAUUCUGAAGAUGUUGGAAGAUAAAGACAGAUCAUUAUACGUCCAUUUGAUAAAAGAACCGUUAUUAAUGCUGGAGCAAUUAUUAAUGAAUUGUAAAUUUGAAAAUAUUCAAAAGAUUUUGAACACACUGCACGAGGAUUUACAACAUCCCGAUAUAGACAUCAACAAUUUCGACAAAGUAGUAAAGUUUUACGCCAAAAAAUCGUUAGAUUUUCGCGUAUCGCUCCAGCGUGACGGUAUCGAAAAUAAAGCGAAAAAUAUUUUACAAUCUAAUCUUGAGGCGGAAAAUGAAUUUGUUAUGCCUGUUAACGUGCCCACUAAGGAAGAAUGGAUUCCGAAUGAUAGGGCGAGAGAAUGCGGUUGCUGCAAGGCUGUGAUAUUUUCGAUGUUUAACAGACGACAUCACUGUCGGCGAUGUGGUCGUGUUGUUUGUGCCAUGUGUUCUCAGCAUCGCAUGCAAGUUGCUGGUUAUCCCAGUUCUGUGCUGGUACGCGUGUGCGAUGAUUGCAAACAUCAAACGGUAUUGCAUAUGCGUGCGGCGCAAAGUGUCCCGUCGACAUCCAGCAGCGAGCCGUUUGACUAUUGGCGCUUGACAAAAGACGAAAAGCAUAAUCGCACUAUAAGAGAAGAGUUCUCGUUUGAAUACGCACCAAAUAUUUCGCUAUGUCUUGCUAUUCUUAAUUUGUACUCUGAUCCUAAGAUAUAUACCAGUUUUCUAUUGGAUCGUUGUGACGAGAUGAAACAAUUGCUCCAACCUGUUAGCGGUGGCAGGAUAAAUCCCGAAGUUGAUCACGCAGUGAUCAUCAAAAUGAUACGUUCUCUACUAGUCGCGGCUAAAAUGAAAUGCGCGAAAUUUGGAUUCAAUACUGGCCUCGCGCACUGUGAUCGAUUUUUAUCGCAGGUGGAUCUAAUUGCGACUCUUGUCCAAUCCGAUUGUGUGGCUCUUAUACCGACGGACGACCUCGACGAGCACACGCUGAGAAAAUUACGUGAUCUCCUCACCGAAAAGGAACGUUGGACGUUGGCGUUGGACGUCAGCACGAAGGCAGGAUUGGACACACAGGGUGUGUGGGCCGCGUGGGGAAAGGCUUGCUUGAAGGUGGGACAUUUAGAACAGGCAAAAGAGAAGUUUCACCAUUGCCUCGAUAAAAUUUUGCACGAGGAUCUCGACGAUUGGGUUAUGAUAUCUUAUCCCAAGGAGUCGAUCGAAAGCCCCAAGAGAGAAUUAACGACGUCCGGGCCGAAGGAAAAUGAGAUAUUAGAUGAGAAGAGACAAGCAUGUAAAAGCGGUCACUCGAAGAAAAGCGAAUAUUCUAAAUGCCGGCCGUUAAAAAAUCCGCCGUUAUUGACGGAGAUUCUUCAAAUAUUAGAUACCUUGAGCAUGCAUCGAUCCCAAACUCAGCAUCCAAGUCUGCAACCCAAGUCCGACGCAGCGCAAGAGAUCUUACAGACGCUCAAUAAUCUGAAAGCUGUUAGCCAAAAUCAGUUUAACGUUAAAUAUCUAACACCCGCUAAUCAGACGGUUUACUAUCAAGAAAGUCUGUAUUAUCUGUUAGCAUACGGAAGUUAUACCUCCAUUUUACAGUUCUUCUUGAGGCAUAAAGAGUUCGAUAAAUGCCUAGUAUAUAUAUUAGACAAUGACAUAGAGUGCGAUUUAUUUCUUAACGGAGUUUACUUGUACUGUUUGAGGAACGGUUCCAUCGAGAAACUUCACGACGCAAUGAGAGCGAAAGAUCCCACUUUAGUUAUUUGGAGAAAGUACUUGAUAUCCAUCUGUCAUUUCAUGGAAAGAAAGCAAUAUUGGCACAUUUUAUAUCAGAUACAGCUCUUCAUGACAGACUGUGUACGAGCGUCGAUGACAUGUAUCCGUUUUUAUACCAAUGAAGCAAACACUUAUUCAGACUUGCACAACAGGGCGCAUCUGUUACAAGACGCUCAAAAACACUUAGAGUCGGAAUUGCAGAUGGAGAAUUUAACUAAGAGAAGAAAGAGCAUAAACUCUGGCCACAGUGGUCAAAAUACUUUAGCGAUGGAGAUGGAGCCGUCAGAAAUAGACAGACAUAUAAAUACUAUAUGCAGACAGAUGGAAAUCGCGAAGUUCCUAGCAAACUGCGAAAAAGAGGAAAGAACGUCGACUGAAUUUUUAAAUCUCUUUCCAGAUAUUGACAGCGAUAACUCUCAGACACUUCAGUUGCCUACGUUAUUUGGCAAUCAGCAACAGAAAAUACAUUUAGCCGUUUUAGCUAUAUUGUGCGGUCGCGAUGUUGGGGAAGGGUUCGGUAUAGCUUUCAGGAUAAUGCAAGAUUAUAAUCUUCCACAACAGAAGAUGUAUUCUUUAGCUGGUCAUGUAUUGGCUUUAAAAAAUAACGUAGCCGCAAUUGAGCAAUUAAUCAAGUGUUGCCGUAGUUCUGGAGCACCUAAUGCCCACGUCAUUUCUGAUCAUGUUUUGGCACACUGUGUGAAAUUAUUGUUGACUCAUUCAUACAGCGAACAGAAUCCAAUACUUAAGAAUCAUAUAGAUACUUUAAUCAGACUAAUAAUCGACACGGAACUUAGAAUAAACGCAUACAUUGAAAGUAAACAAUUAAAGGCUGCAUACCUGCUUGCGGUUAAGCAUUCUAGAGCUCAAGAUAUAAGAAGAAUCUUAAAAGAAUCGGAUAGACUCGGUCAAAGUGCAAUUAAAGUGAUAUGCUUAAAGUGGUUACAACAAGAACAAAAGGAUAAACAUCCGGAUCUGUUGUAAUAAAAAAAUUAAUAAAACGAAUAUGUAAUGAUA